GCCUACCUCAAUCGAGAAAGAGGUCUUCCCAAAAAUUGCAGCAGCAAAAAAACUGUAUGGGAUGGUCCUACCUGGUUUUUGGAUGGACAUUGGGCAGCCAAGAGAUUACAUCUCUGGCUUGAGACUAUACCUAGACUCCUUGAGAAAGAAAUUUUCUUCCAAAUUAGCUUCUGGACCUCAUAUUGUAAAUGUUCUGGUGGAUGAGAGUGCUAAAAUUGUGACGGAUGCUUGA